CAUCCAACGACAGAUCAGUCGUCUUGCUCAGCCAGCACGAUUUCAGUCAAAAUUUUCACACACACACACACACACAGCACAAUGAGCCAGUCUAGCCCGCACUCUCCGCCGCCCGACAUGCUUGCGAGCCAGGCAGACAUUGUGCGAAGCAGCCAGAAGGACCGAUGGCACAUUCACACGCUGAUGGAAGAGCUGACCGCGGCUGCGAGCGGCGCCGUCGGCACAGUCACCGCCUCACGGUGGCAGAAGGAGCUCGCCCUGCUGGCCGAGCUGCUCUACCUGGCGCUGACCACUGGCAGUGGAAGCAAGACCCUUGGCGAGGAGUACUGCGACAUUGUGACGGUCAACGCCAAGCACAACCCGGAAUCGUCUGCCAAGCCAAGCGGACCACCCUCAAGUCGUUCAAGUCGUCCAAGUCGUUACUCGGAGGCGACACAAGCUCAAGAUCAUCAUCAAGCUGUGCUUUCAUCAUCAUCAUCGUCGUCGUCGUCUGCACCGCUGACUGGAUUGCACAUGACCGAUGCUGCGCCAUUGUCAAGUCGCAGACGCUGGGCGUUUGUGUUUCUGCACGCGCUGCUGCCGUAUAUUGUGGACAAGUUGCUCGAAAAGCUACAUUCAGUGACACGUCCAACACAGCCGUCUUCUGCCCGUGCAGUGGCUCGAGAUCGCGUCAUCCAAAGCCUUCCUUUCGGAAUCGGCGCCUUCUUGCAGCACAUUCGGCCUUUCGUUCAUCGGAGCAUCCCGAUUGUUCGAGACGCGAUCGAGGGCUUGCAUCGCGCGCAUCUGGCAUUCUUUUACUUUACCGGCCUGUAUUCUCAUAUUACUUGGCGGACACUGUCCAUUCGCUACAUUAUGACUCGAAAGCUGGACAUUGGCGAGUCUCGCCCGUCCUACCGGCUGCUGGGUCUGCUUUCCAGUGUGCAGCUGCUUGUGACGCUAAUAUUGUGGCUCAAGCCGCGUCUCGCCGCCCUCUAUGCAUCGUCGCAUGCAACGCCAGCGCACGGCACCAAUCCAGCCAGCGUCGACCGGAUGCAUUCCCAGACCGAGAAUCCUGUCGAAUCCGAUGACGAGAACGAUCGGGGUGAUGAAGACGACGACAUCCCGGCCUCGUCCAAGUGCUCACUGUGUCUCGCUGCUCGUGAAAACCCAACCGUGACUCCUUGUGGCCAUUUGUUUUGCUGGAAGUGUAUUGCCGAGUGGUGCACCACCAAGCCCGAGUGCCCACUGUGCCGUCAACCAGCCUCGCUUUCACGGCUGUGCUGCAUCUACAAUUAUGAUGCCAAGCCGGUUCGCAGAUCGUAGUCAAAAAGUUCUUAGUUUUGUAAAUUAUCUUCAGCAUUAACAUUUUCUUGAUUUCACAACAUAAUAACACGUCAUUAUUCAACCCAA